AGACUGGACACAGCAGAGUGGUGUCGGUUUCUAGGCAGCUCCUCACUCUCUGCCUUUCUGAGAGCCAGGCUAGCUUGUAAAUACCGAAAAACCCAGGCUGUAUUUUGGAGGAUCUAAUGACUGAACACGCCGAUGUUUUCACUGAUAGUCCCAGCCUCCGCCGACAUUCCUCCUCUCAUUUCCACCCCAUGUCUUGUGUUACUGUUCAGGAUCGUCUCUGGAACAUACUGAGGCACUAAAGCUGCCUAAAUGAGCUAACGUCUCAACUGUCUUCAAAGACGAAAGCAACAUUUCCACUGAGACCUAAGUCGUUGCCUGGCAGCAGAUGUCUCGUAGUUUCCCUCAGAGCUCAGAGGCCAGUUGGAGUCAGGAGGUGGGUCCUCAGGAGCAGCAGUGAUGCGGGCUUCAGUGGCAGGCUGCAGGAUGAGCGUAGGCGCUCUUCUUAAUGGGCUGCUGGUCUCUGUGGUAGCAGCUCUACUUUGGAAGUAUUCCAAACUGAGUGAGCAUGCUGCCCUGCUGGAGGAAGAGCUGCACAUGACACAGCAGUCCCAGGAGCUCUCACGGGCCCGCAUCGAUUACCAUGUUGCCCUGCAGGCUCUUCAGAAACAUGGCACCCGCAUGGUCUGCACUGGCAAGAUGCACACUGACCGCAUCUGCCGCUUCGACUACCUCUGCUACUGCUCUGAGGCAGAGGAGUUUGUGUUCUUCCACUCCAAUUCCUCUGUCAUGUUGCCUAGUCUGGGUUCUAGGCGGUUCCAACCUGCCCUGCUGGACUUGUCAUCAGUAGAGGAUCACAAUACCCAAUACUUCAACUUUUUAGAGCUCCCAGCUGCGGCUUUAAAGUUUAUGCCCAAGCCUGUGUUCGUACCAGAUAUGACACUGAUCCUAAACAGGUUUAAUCCUGAUAACCUAAUGCAUGUAUUCCACGAUGACCUACUCCCAGUCUUCUAUACCAUGAAACAGUAUUCAGACUUGGAUGAUGAGGCUCGUCUGGUGUUCAUGGAGGGCUGGGGGGAAGGCCCACACUUUGACCUCUACCAACUUCUCAGCAGCAAGCAGCCACUACUCAAAGAACAGCUUAGAAACUUUGGCAAAUUAAUGUGUUUUACCAAAUCUUACGUUGGCUUGUCCAAGAUGACCACCUGGUACCAGUAUGGGUUUGUCCAGCCGCAGGGGCCUAAAGCCAACAUUUUGGUCUCAGGGAAUGAGAUUCGGCAGUUUGCCAGGGCUCUGAUGGAGAAAAUGAACAUUACCAGAGUGGAGGAGGCUGAGAAGGAUGGAGGGAGUGCUGAAGAUGAGAAGGAGAAAGAGAAGUAUGAUGAUUACAUUGUUGUUUUCAGUCGUUCAACAACAAGGCUGAUACUUAACGAAGCAGAGCUUAUCAUGGUGUUGGCCCAGGAGUUCCAGAUGAGAGUGGUCACACUAUCCCUGGAGGAACAGUCUUUCCCUAGUAUCGUCCAGGUGAUCAGUGGUGCUUCCAUGUUAGUCAGCAUGCACGGAGCUCAGCUUAUCACCUCACUCUUCCUCCCCAGAGGAGCUGCUGUGGUGGAACUGUUCCCCUUUGCUGUGAACCCAGAGCAGUACACACCAUAUAAAACCCUUGCCUCCCUUCCAGGCAUGGACCUUCAUUAUAUCUCCUGGAGGAACACUAAGGAGGAAAACACGAUCACUCACCCAGACAGACCCUGGGAACAAGGAGGCAUUGCUCACUUGGAGAAGGAGGAGCAGGAGCGAAUACUGGCCAGUAAGGACGUCCCUCGGCACCUGUGCUGCCGCAACCCAGAGUGGCUUUUCCGGAUCUACCAGGACACUUUGGUGGACAUCCCUUCUUUCCUGGAAGUCAUCAAAGAGGGCAUGAAGACCAAGCCCAGCUUGAAGAAGUCAAAACCGGCCAGCACUGUCCACCCAGGCCGAGUCAGAGAACCCAAAUGUCAGACCUCAGUACAAACCAAUAAUGAGGCUAAACUCACAGUCUCCUGGCAGAUCCCGUGGAAUCUGAAAUACCUGAAGGUAAGAGAGGUGAAGUAUGAGGUGUGGAUCCAGGAGCAAGGAGAGAACACCUACAUGCCUUAUAUCCUUCCCCAGCAGAACUAUACUUUUUCAGAUAACAUUAAGCCCUUCACCACCUACCUGGUGUGGGUCAGGUGUAUCUUCAACAAGAACCUCUUGGGUCCAUUUGCAGACGUUCUUAUGUGUAAGACCUAGUACAAACACCUUGCCAGUUUGUUGCAGUGCAUUUUCACACAAGAGGUGAGUCAUGCUUGUUCCAGACAAUCAAAUUAGAUCAGUGGACUGCUUGAGAUCAGUGGACUGCAGCAGUUUGUCCAGUGGAAGUUUGGAAUAUGUCAUAUGGCUUGUUUUUACAAACCUAAAAGAGGUUGUUGAACUCUUAACAGAGGUGUUUCCUUGCUCAUCAUAAAGACCAUAGUGACUUCUGGAUGAACUGCAAAAGAUAUGAACCACAGGGUCAGAACUCAAUGGCAACAAUUGUUAAUGAAAGGAAAGUAAACCAUGUCUCUUGUAAUGGUACCAGAAUUUAGAUCAGCAGAUUUAUUUAUGUGCAAAAUAAUAUAUAACAUGUUUUGUUUUUUUUAGAAUUAGUCAAAACAUGGGUUCUUUACCUUUUACAGUAUGCAAUGUAGCUUUUCUGUGGAGAGCAUUUUAGGGUAGCAAGAUUUUUUUAUGUUUUUUGACUUGUCCAAUGUCUACUAUGUGUGUGAUACCCAUGUGGCUUGGUUUUCCUACCUGUUGUUUAAUCACAUACACCAUUAUUUGUAGAAACUAGCCAAUACCAAAGCAAUUUUUCCCACAUUAGUUCAGCUAGUCAUCAUUCAUGCCAUAUUAAUGUCUCAUGUUAUGAAUCUCUCAUAUAUACAGUUUGAAACACUGUCUCUAAAACAAUGUGAAGGAUUUGUGUAAAAGAAGUGUCAAGCAAGAGUUUUCAUGAAUGCUACUCUAAUCAAUGUUUUUGAUCCUGAGAGCAAAGAAUUAUGAAAUUUCAGAAUACUUAAUGGAAUAUUUUGAUGAAGGAUGUGAUGAAAGAUGCUGCUCUUUCACAGCAAUAUCUUUAAAUUAUUUCCUUAUGUGUUAUAACUGCAUAAAUGAAUAUUUUUCUCUAAUUGGCAAUAAAUACAAGUGUAAUAAUUGUAAUUUUAUGUGGCGAGUUAAAUCUAUUACACCACACUUUAAUUAGUAUAAGGCAGUCCUUCCUGUAAGCAACAAUAUGCUGCUGGACAGUUGGACUUUACUGCUUCGUAUAAAGUAUUUUCAUCAAGAUAACAAGGUAUGUUGCAGCGUAGGAUUCCACUGCCUUGUGUAAAACUCUCCUAACUAAGAUAUAAUUCCCAGCGAUGUGUGCUUACUUUCCUCAAAUAUUUCCUCGCUGUUAAGAAAAAUUCUACUGUUGAAUUUAGAUCAAAACAAUAGACAUCCGAAGCUGGCUUUUAAAGUUGUUGUUGUUGUGUCACAUGCAAAUGAAGUGCUGCAAAAGUGUAUUUAACUUUUAGACACACGAAUUGGAGGUGUUAGUAUGUGGUAGUAGAAAUGUAGCCAGAGAUUGUUUAUGGAAUGUCACAAGUACAAUACACUGCCACCCAUAUAUUGUGUUAUAUUGUGCCAUUGUUAAGAUCUAUGACCUCUCCUCUAAACAUUACAAUAACCUCUUUGUAAAGUAUUGGAAUUUGCAAUAUAUCCCUAUAUUUCAGUUUUUCACUUCACUGAUUUUUUUUUUUCUAAAGUUCUCAGAUGCAGUUCUGUUUGUCAAUGCAAAUUUAAGAGAUUAUUUUGAGCCGUUCUGCGUGCAGGAUGUGAUUGUUUGGAUAUGCAUUGUUUGUAUUGUUGGUAAGAUUUCUGGGUUCCCCUUUCCUAGCUCAGUGGAGACAUCACACUGUAUGUGCUGAGUGAAAGAAGAGUGUACAAUGCUCUGUUUUCUAAAUUAGCAAU